ACGUCGCUGGACCUCGCGGACAAGGACCUCGGCCCUGCCUCGGCCGUCGUGAUCGCGUCGCUGAUUGCGGGCAAUGGGGUCCUGACCAACCUCGUGCUCUGGGAAAACAACAUCGGCGACGAGGGCGCCAAGGCGCUAGCAGCCGCUCUUCGCGUCAACGAGGUGCUGACCAACCUCGUGCUCUGGACCAACAACAUCGGCGACGAGGGCGCCGCUGCGCUGGCCUACGCUCUUCGCGUCAACAGGGGGGUGCUGACCAACCUCGUGCUCUGGACCAACAACAUCGGCGACGAGGGCGCCAAGGCGCUAGCAGCCGCUCUUCGCGUCAACGCGGUGCUGACAAACCUCGACCUCACUGGCAACAGCAUCCGCGACGAGGGCGCCACUGCGAUCGCCGAGGCGCUGCACGUCAAUGGGGUAUUGACCGACCUCGUGCUCUGGAGGAACAACAUCGGCGACGAGGGUGCCAAGGCGCUAGCAUCCGCCCUUCGCGUCAACGGGGUGCUGACCAACCUCGAACUCUAUCGCAACAACAUCUACGACGAGGGCGCCAAGGCGAUCGGCGGCGCUCUCGCGGUCAACGGGGUGCUGACCGAUCUGAACCUCUGCGGCAAUGACAUCGGCGACGAGGGCGCUAAGGCGUUCGGCGAGGCGCUGGCGGUCAACGGGGUGCUGACCAACCUCGUGCUCGUCGACAACUACAUCGGCGACGAGGGCGCCGCUGCGCUGGCCUCCGCUCUUCGCGUCAACGGGGUGCUGAAAAACAUCGACCUCCGCGACAACAGUUUGGGCGACGAGGGG